AGUUGCACCCAAUUCUCAUUCUGCAAAGUAACGCAGACGCUGGCGGAUCAUAUCGGUUGUGAGCGGCGCUUCGUUACUGUUCGGGUUUAAAAACCGUUAUUUUCGAGUGUGAUCCUUCAAUUAUAAAACGGCGCACUGUUGUGAUUAUACACAAAAAGCGUGCAAGUAUGGAGCUAACAAAUGUGAAAAUUGAUGAUGAGCUUCCACAACCACCGCUCAGCAAUGGUCCUGCAGCAAAUGGCCAGCCUGGUAAAGAAAAAUCGCAGCCCAAACUCUUAUAUGCGAUUAACGAGAAUCCGCCAUGGUAUUUGAGUAUAUUCCUGGCCUUGCAGCAUUAUCUGACCAUGAUUGGCGCUAUCGUCUCCAUACCAUUCAUUUUGACGCCCGCACUUUGUAUGUCCGAUGAGGAUCCCGAUCGUGGUGUUAUCAUAUCAACAAUGAUAUUUGUAACAGGCAUCGUUACACUACUGCAAGCCACCUGGGGUGUACGCUUGCCAAUCGUGCAGGGCGGUACAAUAUCAUUUUUGGUACCUACAUUAGCAAUUCUCGCGUUGCCACAAUGGAAAUGUCCACCGGUCGAGGAGAUUAACGCCUUGGAAGAGGAUGAACGUGUGGAAUUGUGGCAGAUACGUAUGCGUGAGUUGUCGGGUGCGAUCGCAGUGUCGGCGUUAGUGCAGGUUGUGCUCGGCUAUACUGGGCUUGUGGGAAAAAUCCUGCGCUUCGUAACGCCACUGACAAUUGUGCCGACGGUCUCGUUGGUCGGUCUAACACUGUUCGAACACGCUGCCGAAACUGCGUCUAAGCACUGGGGUAUUGCUGUUGGUACCACAGCCAUGCUAACGUUGUUCUCGCAGAUAAUGGCGAAUGUGUCCAUACCGUUCCCAGCUUAUCGCAAAGGUCAUGGCAUUGAAGUACGCAAUUUCCAGCUUUUCCGAAUGUUCCCGGUGCUUCUUACGAUUGCUAUAAUGUGGGGUCUCUGCGGUAUACUUACCGCGACAAAUGUUUUCGAAGAGGGACACCCCUCACGUACAGAUGUGCGCUUAAAGGUGUUGACCAAUGCCAAAUGGUUCUAUGUACCUUAUCCCUUCCAGUUUGGACUGCCGUCAGUCACUUUAUCGGGCGUCUUGGGCAUGUUGGCGGGCGUUUUAGCGUGUACCGUGGAGUCGCUCAGUUACUAUCCAACCGUAUCUCAAAUGUCCGGUGCGCACUCUCCGCCGCUGCAUGCCAUCAAUCGUGGUAUUGGCACCGAGGGUCUCGGCACAGUGCUUGCCGGUAUUUGGGGCGCUGGCAACGGCACAAAUACUUUUGGUGAAAAUGUGGGCGCCAUUGGAGUGACAAAGGUCGGUUCUCGUCGUGUCAUACAAUGGGCCUCUCUGAUAAUGAUAGUGCAAGGUGUAAUUGGCAAAUUUGGCGCUGUGUUCAUAAUGAUACCCGAUUCGGUUGUGGGUGGUAUCUUUUGUGUCAUGUUUGGCAUGAUUAUAGCUUUUGGACUUUCUACCUUGCAAUAUGUGGACCUGCGUUCGGCACGCAACCUCUAUAUUAUUGGCUUAUCGAUUUUCUUUCCCAUGGUCUUGUGUAAGUGGAUGCAAGAACAUCCGGGCGCUAUUAAUACUGGAAAUGAAACGGUUGACUCAACGCUUUCGGUGCUUUUGGGCACCACCAUUCUUGUGGGUGGUUUGCUGGGCUGCUUCUUGGAUAAUAUUAUUCCAGGCACUGCUGAGGAGCGUGGUCUCAUCGAAUGGGCCAAUGAGAUGCCGCUUGGCGAUGCGAAUAUUAAUGAUGGCACCGCUACUGAUUAUGACUUCCCAUGGGGCAUGGAGACUUUAAGGAAAUGGAAGUGGACUUAUUAUGUACCGUUCUUGCCAACAUACAAACUCCAAAAAACUAGCUAAAUUUAUGUACUAUAUAUGUUUGUAAUUGUAUAAAAGUGAAA